AUGUCUAUGCAAUGCUUUUCAGUCUUAAAAUAACAAAAAUCUGAAUAAAAACAAUGUUUGAUUUUAAAUAGCUAAAUAAACAACUAAGAACUUGAAAGUUUCUAACUAGUAAAUUGAUAUUCUAUUAAUAAUAGAUUCAUACCUUAUAAUCUCCAUUAUCCGGCAAUUCUCAAUUUUCAACUGAAAAUGGUUCUUUCACUAAACUUAAUGAAAAAAUGAUUGAAGAACCUCUCUUAGAUACUUAAAAUGAGUUAAUUUUUUCUGAUUUAGAUAAUGCUGAGUACUGUAGAUAAACACUUGUAUUUACUAAUAGUAUUUAUUCUAAUAGAUAUUUUAGUGAAAGAAUUAAAAUAAGCUAUUUAAAAGAUUAAACAUUCUUAUAAUGGAUUAGUGAUGUCAAUAAAUGAAAUUCAAAUUGACAAUUAGCCUGAUGACACAUACAAACUAAUGAUAAUUGUAAAAUUAAAUUAAGUAUUUAGACAAAAAAAUUUAUUCAUCACAAUUUUACAAUUAAUAUAAGUGAACUGUGUAUAUUUAUAGAAAAAGUGUUGGAACUUGACUUAUCAUUUUCAAGUAGCAGUAAAUUAUAACAAUAAAAUAGUUGACAUUAUAUAAUAUCAAGAUGAAUCAAUUCAUAUCAAUCCUAUAUCUUUAGUUAGGAAUUAGGAUAUAAAGUCGACUUUUUAUGAAAUACUAAAAUUAAAACUGCAACAGUUUGAUAAAUGUGAAAGUAUUCAACAGAUUUUAGAAAUAUUAAGAGAUUAUGAAAAUGAAGAUUUAGAAAAACUAAAAAGACAUUAUGUUAUAGAGAAAGAGAUCUAUAAGCUGAAAUUAUAACUUAUAAACUUACUUCUUAAAAGAAGGCAGAUCUGA